UGAAGAGAAGAUGAAAAAAUAAAAGUUUUUACACAGUACACUCUAUACAUCUACAUCAAUUUAUUGUCAAUGUUAUCCCAUAGUAAACUCGUGUUUGUUUGAUUGGCUCUCACAUUAAUUGUAAAUUAUAUUACUAACCGCCAGAGGGCAGACGUACACUACGAUGUGCUAGUACACUGCACUUACUCGCCAGCAUUAUCAGGGGGAUUAAACAGUCAAGUUAACUGAAGUGCGCUCGCCUGUCCUGCUCUUAUGCUGAGAGAGGAGACUGAGGGUCGGACCUUUACGCUGAACCCGAUGGAGCUGUUUUUAUCACCCUAGAGAUCCGGGUCAUGGCAUCGGUCUCAUUGGAUGGAGAAUGAGUUCAAUGCGCAAACUGCACUCAUCACGAUCUCAACACUGAAGAACUUUUCUGGGUUAGGAUUUGUUCUCAUAUUGAAGCAGUGGCUUGAACAACCACAAUGAGUAACAUCUACGAGUCAGCUGCCACCACAUUGGGCCUCUUCAACAGCCCAUGUCUAACAAAAGUGGAGCUGCGCGUGGCCUGUAAAGGAAUAUCUGACAGGGAUGCUCUGUCCAAGCCUGAUCCAUGCGUAGUCCUCAAGAUGCAGUCCCAUGGACAAUGGUUUGAGGUGGACCGUACGGAAGUGAUUCGCAGCAGCAUCGUUCCGGUUUUCUCCAAGGUCUUCACUGUGGAUUACUACUUCGAGGAAGUGCAGCGGCUCCGCUUUGAGCUGCAUGACAUCAGCAGCAACCAUAAUGGACUCAAAGAUGCAGACUUCCUGGGUGCCAUGGAGUGCACGCUCGGACAGAUUGUAUCACAGAGAAAACUCUCCAAAGCUUUACUGAAGCAAGGAAACACAGCUGGAAAAUCAUCUAUUACAGUCACAGCAGAAGAGUUGUCUGGGAAUGAUGACUACGUGGAGUUAGCGUUCAGCGCCAGGAAACUGGAUGACAAGGACUUUUUUAGCAAGUCUGAUCCAUUUCUGGAAAUCUUCAGAGUAAAUGAUGAUGGCACAGCAUCGCUGGUGCACAGAACAGAGACCAUAAUGAACAAUCUCAGUCCUGUCUGGAAAUCAUUUAAAGUUUCUUUAAACACACUCUGCAGUGGAGACCAUGAGCGAGAGCUAAGGUGUACGGUAUGGGACUGGGAUUCUAAUGGCAAACACGACUUCAUAGGGGAAUUUCAAACCACCUUCAAAGACAUGAAGUCAGCAAUGGAUGGGAAGCUGAUACAAUGGGAAUGCAUCAAUCCUAAGUACCAGUUGAAGAAGAAAAACUACAGAAAUUCUGGGAUGGUGAUUCUUACCUUGUGCAAGGUCAUAAAGAUGCACUCUUUUCUGGAUUACAUCAUGGGAGGCUGUCAAAUACAGUUUACAGUUGCGAUUGAUUUCACUGCCUCAAACGGUGACCCUCGAAACAGCUGCUCCCUCCACUACAUCCACCCUUACCAGCCAAAUGAGUAUCUCAAAGCUCUUAUUGCGGUUGGAGAGAUCUGCCAAGACUACGACAGUGACAAAAUGUUUCCUGCGUUUGGCUUCGGAGCACAAAUCCCUCCAGACUUCAAAGUUUCUCAUGACUUUGCAGUCAAUUUUGAUGAGGACAAUCCAGAAUGUGCUGGAAUUCAAGGUGUGGUUGAGGCUUAUCAGAACUGUCUGCCAAAAAUCCAGCUGUAUGGGCCAACUAAUAUCGCUCCCAUCAUCCAGAAGGUUGCCGACUCUGCUUCUGAGGAGAUGCACACCAAAGAGGCCAUGGAAUACUUUAUACUGCUGAUCCUGACAGAUGGAGUGAUCACAGAUAUGGCAGACACGCGAGAGGCAAUCGUCCACGCCUCCCACCUGCCUAUGUCUGUCAUCAUCGUCGGUGUGGGCAACGCGGAUUUUAGUGACAUGCAGAUGUUGGAUGGUGAUGAUGGGAUACUCCGCUCACCUAAAGGAGAACCCACCCUUAGGGACAUUGUACAAUUUGUGCCAUUCCGCAAUUUUAAACAUGCUUCUCCGGCAGCGUUGGCUAAAAGUGUUCUGGCUGAGGUUCCCAAUCAAGUAGUGGAUUACUACAAUGGAAAAGGCAUCAAGCCCAAAUGCAUGUCGGACUAUGAGUCUUCCAGGGCUUUCAGUCCCUGAGCUACGCACAGCCAUAGAGCAUCUUCGGAGACUCGUGAGAGCUCGGCUUUUGUUUUCGACAACUUCAUUGAUCAUUUCUUGCUUGCAGCAACAGUAUGGGCAUUGACAAGCUGGUCUGUCCUUGUUUUUCACAUUAAAUUUUCCUUGACCAGUCUUCAGAAUUUCUUUUUUUUAACAGGUUUCAAAUGAUAUGUGGGUGAGAAAAUGAUGACAUUAUUAUGGGUGAAUAAUACCUUCACACUUACAUUAUACAUUAAGCAGACGCUUUAUUGCAUUGCACCUUCAAACAAACAAAUCUGCCAGCACCUUUAGGUCUACUGUCACAUGCUCUAUGUCUAUGUAAAUAAGUGGGAAGCCUGAAAAAUUGAAACAUGCAAUUGUGGAUAGUCUUCCUUUAGAUUCAGAUGUCAGACAUGCAUUUGUUAGAGCUUUUAAUGCUCUUUCCUUACUAAUGAAUUUUUUUUUUUUUGGCUGACAAGCUAUACAAGGGCUAUAUAGUCCAAUAUAGCGUAAUAUUCUUAUGUGAUAGUUUAGGAGGGAAGUGAUUUGGUUACUGGCCUGCAUGACCAAUGCUCACUAGUCAGUGAUGUUAGUCCUCUGUAAUCCAAAGUGCAACCAUUUAAUUAUUGGUUUAUUUAUUCUAAUCAUUUUAUUUAAUAAACUUAUUUUGACGUGAGGCCUUUACAACUACAAAUGUUACAUAAAUUUAAGUGUACUGUAUAUAAAGAAUAUAAAUAUUUAUUUGAAAGCA